AUGGGAACACCUUCCCUGAUUGUGAGAAAACCUACCCUGACUGUGGGAACACCUACCCUGACUGUGUUAACAUCCCGACCACCUACCCUUACUGUGGAAACACCUACCCUAACUGUGGGAAUAACUGCUGUGACUGUGGGAACACCUACCCUGACUGUGGGAACACCUUCCCUGACUGUGGGAACACCUGCCUUGACUGUAAAAACCUACCCUGACUGUGGGAACACCUACCCUGACUGUGGAAAAACCUACCCUGACCCUGGGAGCAUCUACCCCGACUGUGUCAACACCUACCCUGACUGUGGGAACACCUACUCUUACUGUGGAAACACCUACCCUGACUGUGGGAAUAACUGCUGUGACUUUGGGAACACCUACCCUGUCUGUUGGAACACCUACCCUGACGGUGGGAACAACUUCCCUGACUGUGGGAACACCUACCCUGACUGUGGGAGCACCUUCCCUGACUGUGGGAACACCUUACCUGACUGUGGGAACACCUUCCCUGACUGUGGGAACACCUACCUUAACUGUGUAAAAACCUACCCUGUCUGUGGGAACACCUACCCUGACUGUGGGAACAACUACCAUGACUGUGUAAACACCUAUCCUGACUGUGUUAACACCUACCCUGAAUGUGGGAACACCAAUCCUGACUGUGUAAACACCAAUCCUGACUGUGUAAACACCUACCAUGACUGUGUAAACACCUACCCUGACUGUGGGAACACCUACCCUGUCUGUGGGAAUACCUACCCUGACGGUGGGAACAACUUCCCUGACUGUGGGAACACCUACCCUGACUGUGGGAACACCUUCCCUGACUGUGGGAACACCUUCCCUGACUGUGGGAACACCUACCUUAACUGUGUAAAAACCGACCCUGUCUGUGGGAACACCUACUCUGACGGUGGGAACAACUUCCCUUACUGUGGGAACACCUACCUGACUGUGGGAACACCAACCCUGACUGUGGGAACACCUUACCUGACUGUGGGAACACCUUCCCUGUCUGUGGGAACACCUACCCGGACUGUGUAA